AUGGACUCUAAGGUCGUGCGAACACAGGAGUGUCUUGCAGAGAUGAACGAUCACUUUAGGAACACUAAGAAACCCGCCGAUCUCCUGAUUCUUCUCGGGCGGGUUGGAGCCGGGAAGUCUUCCCUCAUGGAGGACCUCACUGGUUUGAGCGGAUACUCCCAGCAGUCCGUGAACUCUGGUAAGCGCCUGUUGUCCAAUGUAGCUACAGCUCGGUUGGUAAUACCUGUUCCAGUUACCCAGCAAGCAGAAAUUGCCAAAGCAGUAAUCGAGGGUAAGGAGUACUUCAUCAUGGACACUCCUGGCUUCGAUGUAGAGAACAAAAGUUUCUACUUCGAGAUUCUACGCGGCAUCCAAUCUGUCCGCCACGUUGCCAGAAUCACCGGUCUUCUGUACCUGACAGGUAUCAACCAGUCGCGCUUCGAAGACUCUGACCGUCAGUUUGUUCAAUUUAUUCGUGCCUUAUGUGGCGAGGAGUACAUUCCCCGUGUGACUUUCAUAACCACGUUCUGGACUACCGUCGCUGUUCAACAGGGGGUGACUUUCAACCGGCAGCUCGUGUCACUUCAACACGAGUGGGAACAAGGCCUUGGUGCCCAGCACCUGAGCUUGUAUCAACAUGGACGAGAGUAUGAUGCGCACGGACUGGAUACAAGUCACAUCAUCAACUGGUUUAUUCACCGCGGCCAGGUUGCACGACAUGCCAAAGAGAUGAUUGAGCGCAAUUACGGACGCACCGUAUCUGAGUAUCAUCCCCCAAGGAUUGUCAGAGAACUUGAGGCCAACAUCCCAGAGUCGGAGACAGAGGCUGGACGGCUGCUUGGACUGAGCUCUGCUUCAACAAGCGAGUCUACCUCACGCGGACAGCCCAGGGAACCACCAGCGCAACGACGGCAAACGCCAACCCCAUCGGAAGCAUCCAGAAACUCGCAGCGGGACCCAGAAGCUCCCCAAGAGGCCCCUGCAUCUGGUCUCUACACACUUUUUGAUGGUGUUGCCAGGUUCAUAGGUACUGCGCUUGGCAAUAUGACUCUUGAGGUGAAUCUUGACAGUCCAGCGUCAGGCCAACCCCUGCGCACCGGUUCAUUCGACAGGAACUCCCCAGUCGAUUGGAUGAAGCGAUUCGGGCUAGAUCCCAGCAGGGAGGGACGAGCAAGGUAUGCUGCGACCCACGGCAUCAGAGGGGAGCCUUUCUCUGCCGCAUGGGGUGAUGCUAUCCGUAGGGAUGUUAUGCGACGCUAUGGCUAA